GAGGGAUGCUCCGCGCAGACAAAGGAAGGAAGUUUCCAUGUCGUGGGUGGUAAUUAUCAUCCAGAGAACGGAAAAGUUGCAGCCUCAUAGACACUGCCACAUCACACCACCGCUGUUAAAUAGCUCUAUUACAACAUGCAUUUAGGACUUUGGAUGUUUUUUCUUGCCUUGACGAGAAGUUGGUGUGCUCCGCCGCAAUUUUGUCCGCCAGGAGACGAGUUUUUAGGAAGAUGCACCAACAACGCAUUUGAAGAAAAACCUACCUGUACAGAAAUGAACCUGGGCUACUGUAAUGACAUGGAUUACUCAAGGACUCUGUACCCCAACAUUCUUGGCCACCGGACUUAUUUGGAGGCAGAGUCAGGGGCAGAGUACCUCCUCCUGAGCGUCAUCCAUGGUCUGCUCAACGGGGAGUGCUCCCCGAAUAUACGCCUUGUGGGCUGCUCUGUGCUCGCCCCACGCUGCCACAACGACAAGAUGAUAAAGCCUUGCCGCAGCACAUGUGAGGCACUGAGAAAGGAUUGUGCCCACGCCUUUGAGGCCAUUGAAAUGGCCUGGCCCUAUUUCCUAGACUGUGACCGUUUCUUUGCUAGUGAUCAAGAGGGCUGCUUCGACCCGCUGGCAGGGCUGAAAGCCAGACAGGAGUUGGCAUUUUCCAGCCUCUCUCCAGAGGAACCCAGCACCAUCAUCCAGUUCACCUACACCUCCAAUCACCAGAUGUACAGCCUGCUGAAGAGGACAGCGGCCAAGUGCUCCCACAUCUCCCAGGUCUACAGUAUUGGUCGCAGCGUAGAGGGCAGAGAUCUUCUAGUUAUUGAGUUCAGCAACAACCCUGGACAGCAUGAGCUACUGGAGCCGGAGAUCAAGCUGCUGGGCAAUAUGCACGGCAACGAAGUGCUUGGCCGCCAGCUACUCGUCUACUUGGCCCAGUACCUGUGUUCAGAGUACAUGCUGGGGAACCAGCGAAUUCAGACCCUCAUCAAUACCACCCGCAUCCACAUCCUGGCUUCCAUGAACCCAGAUGGCUAUGAGCUAGCUGCCUCAGAGGUAGAGGAUAGCAGUGACCCGGAGUACAGCAACCAGGAAGGUCACUUGUUGAACGGUUGGACCAAUGGUCGAACCAAUGCUGAGAACAUAGACCUGAACCGCAAUUUUCCAGACCUCACCUCUGUCCUGUACCGGAACCGCCGCAGCAGGCACUACCGUACUGACCACAUACCAAUCCCUGACGCCUAUUGGUUUGGAAAGGUGGCACCAGAGACCUAUGCUGUGAUGAAGUGGAUCAGGUCACUUCCCUUCGUUCAGUCUGCUAGUCUACACGGAGGGGAGCUGGUGGUCUCCUAUCCCUUUGAUUACUCCAGGCACCCCCAGGAGGAGAGGAUGUUCUCACCCACACCAGAUGAACAAGCCUUCAAGCAGCUGGCUCGUACCUAUGCAGAUGCCCAUGCCACCAUGUCAAACAAUGACACAGAGAGGUGUGGAGCCUCCUUUUACCGAACGAGAGGUAUCAUCAAUGGGGCGCUCUGGUAUAGCUUUGCUGGAGGUAUGUCAGACUUCAACUACUUGCACACUAAUUGUCUGGAGAUAACUGUGGAGCUUGGCUGUGACAAGUUCCCGUCAGAGGCCGAGCUGUACCCUGAAUGGAAGAGGAACAAGGAAGCCCUGCUCAGUUUUAUGGAGUCUGUGCACCGGGGGAUAAAGGGAGUAGUGAAGGAUAUGGAUGGUAAUGGGAUUAAAGGUGCCACUAUCGCUGUCAGAGGCAUCAGGAAAGAUGUCACCACAGCGGAGGACGGAGACUACUGGCGGCUGCUCAACCCUGGUACUCACAUCCUGACAGCCACAGCCAAGGGCUACUCCAAGGUCAGCAAGAGGAUUUACCUGCCUCACAACAUGGACAAGGCUGGGCGGGUCGACUUUGUUUUGAAGAAGGUUCCUGUGGAGCCUGAUAUUGACGACCACCUCUUCCCCACAGUAGACACGUGGGAGCGCUUUGACCCCUACAACAAGUUUGAGAGCUACAGCCGUGCAGAUUUAAACGAGGCAGGGGUAGAGCGCCAGGAGAAACCCUGGUGGUGGAACUACUUCUCCCAGUCCGGCAUCUCACCUCCAACCUGGCUGCUGCGAAACAUCUAAACACAUUUCCAGGAUGUAAAACCAUCCAGCAUACCACUGUAGAACAAGACUGGUAAAUGGAAGUUCCCACAUCCAAUCCCACUGAGUAGCUGCUCUCAGACACAUCUGUUUAGGAAAGGAUAUGACAUUGAAAUCAGCAGGGCCCAAAUAGUUUCCAGUGCUUCCUGGAAAAAAUGUGAAGAGGCUUUUUUUUUUCUUUCUUUCUUUUUUUUUUUUUUUUUAUUAAUUCCAACCAGUGGCCAGAGCUUUAGCUUUUGUAACCACAUUUUGUUGUUUUAAAUGCAAACUGAAUCACUGGAAACAUAUAGAGUUACUGACACCGCAACAGUCCACCUUUUUUAGAUGAAGAGGUGCAGGUGUUCUCAAGCCAAAAAGAAGGUUCAAUUCUAAUGUUUCCUAAAGCACUAAACCAUGUGGACAAUCAAAAUCAAAGAAUAUCCUGUUUGUUGUCAUGGAUGAUCCCCUAAAGUGAUUUAUUAAUUUCCUGUUUUGAUGGUCAGCACUUCUCAGAUAUUGUGAUUUGUCAAACAUGAAGGCAGCUGCAUUUGAAUCUAGUCUUUGUGAACAAGUUUUUUUGUUUGUUUGUUUUCUUUGAGCUGGGUAAAGUUGCUAUUUGUUUCCACAUUCCCUGAACACAAAUAUGCCACAAAAAGGCACAUGUGGUUUUCAACUGUUUGAUUUGCAUUUUCUGAAUUCUACUAUGAAUACUUGAUAAGAUCAAAACCUCCUGAAGCUGUAUAGUUACAUUUAGCAUUUGAGAUCAGCUACCACAUUUAGGCCUGCUUUAGCACUAGUAUGUACUGUACUGCAAGUCACUACUAGCCAUUCUUCUCUCUCAGAAAUGAAAGGAAAAGCUUUUUAAA